UGUUAGGUUUAUGACUGAAUAAAACAUGGCGCUUUUUUCAUUACAGGGAUGCGUUAUCACACGCGUUUUCUCAUCCGUCGAAGCGAAUUCAAGAAAGAAAGCAAGUGCAGUUACUACAAAAUUUGACAGACUUGUUAGGAAAAACGUUUAGUUCUCAAUUUGUGUUUCCGGCACUAGGCCACGAUGAUCCCACGCCGCGCAAGGAGCUUGGGAAGAUGUGGAGCCGAUGGCUACCGACGGACUCCAUGAAUACGUUCGAAACGGGGGGAUUUUACAUGAUCGAACGUAAGACACUAAGGCUUCAAAUUGUAGUCCUUAAUACAAACUUGAUGAGAAGAGAUGACGGCGACGACGACGCUAGCAGACAGUGGGAAUGGUUACACAGAGUUCUGCACAAAUGCCAACUUCACAAGGAAACUGUGUAUUUGGUUGGCCAUAUGCCACCAGGAUCGGACGAACGUCAGAGAGGAUCGUUGGCUUUUGCAUAUACUGAUUAUCACAAUAGACGUUACAUCCAAUUAGUGAGAAAAUAUUCGGAUAUAAUAGUGGGUCAGUUUUUUGGACAUCUACACUCCGACUCUUUCAGGGUAAUAUAUAAUGAAGGCAGAGCGGUCUCUUGGGCAAUGUUGGCACCAUCCGUUACUCCAAGAAGAACAUCCGAUGGCCCAAACAAUCCUGGAAUACGAUUAUACAAAUUUGACAAGGAUACCGGCCAGGUAUUCGACUAUACCCAGUAUUAUCUGGAUUUAUCCAGUGCCAAUAAAAAAGGAGAAGCGGAAUGGGUCGUGGAGUACAAUUUCAGUUCAUAUUAUGGAAUUACCAACAUUACGCCCCUUUCACUACAUAAUUUAGCUGAAAAACUAACGCAGUGUAUUCCAAGCGACAACCCAACCUUUACAAGGUACUAUAAAGCAAACUCAGUACGAAUACACAAUGAUAGCCAAAUUCAUUUAUGCGAUCUUAGCUGUGCGCAUAAUCACUACUGUGCAAUUACUAGAAUCGAUUAUCACGAACACGAAGAUUGUUUGAAGACUGCAGCAAGUGCUUUGGCAUCAUCUGCGGUUUCAAAAAUAAACACAAUUCAUAUUUUUGUGUUAUCAACAAACAUUUUAUGGUGCAUACUUUGAAACAAAACGGGCUGUUUAGUAAAAGUAAAUAGCGAAUUAAUUUACAAAUGAACUGUUUGCAUCCACUCUUCGUAAAGACUGAUUGGGCAUCAAGGAAUAAUGAUGGAAAUACAUCAAAACUGUUUUGUGAGAACUGUGGUUCUGUAAUAUUAAAUCCAUAUGACAUAUAGGCAUUAUUGUUUUCAAUUCCUGUGUACCUACUGAAAGAUUAUUUUCAAAGUAGUAUUUUUUGGGUAGGUAGGUACCAAGGAAAGAGCUACGUAUGGUCACUACGUAGGAAAAAUGUGAUUAUGAUUGCGAUAUGUUGAUAAUUGUAAUUAUUAAGUGAAUUUGCUUUUACAUAUAAAUAUAAAGGUAUAUUAGAUACAUGUUAAACAAGAUUGUCAUUGGGAUAUUUUUAUAUAUUUAGAAUAAAUAUGAGAGUUGUGUUAGCUUUUAAAUGUAAAUAUUAUUACACAAAUAUGCAAUUAGUUUAAAAGUAUUUUUGAUGUAAUAGCUUUACAUGUUUCCCUAAAUAAAUAACAUUAUUAGUACUUAUCUACAGAUUGUAAAGUCACCACGUUUUAUCUACACAGCCGAUCGAAACAAAAGAGCCAUUAUUAAUCCAUUAUGUAAAACAUAACUAUUUAUCCGUUUUAACGUUUUUUUUUAGAUUAUGUGGAAAAAUUUACUUGGUCAAUUUUGCGGUUUUGUUUCCUUGUUACAUAAAAUGUGCGCAACAGGUAUUACGAUUUAACAGAAUAGAAUUUCAAAUGAUUAAAAAUGUCAUACACAAAAAUUUUGCUACAUAAAAAUCCAUUUAUAUUCUGUCAUUCCACUCUCAAUGCCAUUAACGAAUAUUCAAAAUAGAUAAUCAACACAAAAUUUACAGAUAAAGAGAAGGAGAACAUUAAGUAUGUCCAUUACUAGGCAUAUAUUAAACUGCCAAUCAUUGAGACAUCUGCAAAUAAAUAUGAUAAAUACAGUAAAUUUUGCGUGAAUGUCAUAUAAAACCAAAGCCUGGUGACUGUUUUUAUUUACGUCUUUACUUGACCAAAAAGUACACACUAUUCAAAGAUGGUGUAAGUAUUCAGUGGAGCAAAGUGAAUAAUUGAAUAUCAUUUAAAUGUUUCCUAGAUAUUCAAUGGUUUUCUUGCAUCUAAACACCUCUACACGGUGUAAUUUAUAAACACUACUCAACAAUAUACCGUGUGUCCCAGGUUGAGCACAACAGACAGAAUUAAUGUAUUUUACCGCGCAGGAUCUACGAGGCCGUUGAUAUGUAUUUGACGUUAUUGCGCUUGCCAGCUUGCCUGAUGGUAGAACAAGAUUGGAGCAGUACGUUGAACACUAGUUUCAACGGCCUCGUAAAAAUACAUUGCCUUGCCGUUUCCCUAUUGUGCGUUCUACCUGGGACACACUGUAAAACUGCCCCCAUCAGAAGUACUAAUAGUAGGUAAUAUGCAUAUAGGUACUAUACCUACCUAUACUCAAUUAAUUUAAAACUGUCUUUUGAAACACUAUCAUUACCUGCAAUAUUCCUCAAUGUAUGUGUACAGAUUUUUCCUAGUUUUUCUAAAUACUCUGACCAAGAACUUAGUAAUAUAUAUUCAAUUUAUACCCACAUUACCUACUUAACAUUUAUGUGUGACUGAAUGAACGUUAAAGUUCUAAAUUCAUACAAUAUAAUUUGUGUGCCUAUUGCCAAUGUACAUUAAAUAUGUAAAGAAAGUCUUUAAGGUAUUAAAUGUAGCUGUAGCACAAACAUACAUGUAUUGAAAGCUGUGACUAUUUAUUUAUAGUAUACCUUACACCCAUAUUUGAUAUUACUAACUGGCUGGGGUAGGUACACUAAUCUAUGUAUGUACGUGUACAUAUAUUUUUAUGUAGGUAGGUGGUUGUUUGUAAGCAUAUAUGUUAAAUCAAGUAAGUGUAAGCAAUGUACUAUAAAAAAAGCAAUUUUUAUAUUGUUGGUACUUAUAAAUAAAAAUGAUACUAAUAAAUUAUAUUCUAACCUUGUUUAUUAGAUUCGUAUUUUAAUUGGUUUAUUAUCUUAUUGCGUAAAUAAAAUACUUUCUUUGAAUUCCAAAUUUACAAACUGUCAUUAAAUUCAAAGCAGUUAUUAAGUCUAAAACGUAAGUAUGUCGGUAUUUUAGGU